AUGGGCCCGCGACCCACGCAUUUGAACCUGGCGGAGGGCCGCAAAGACGAAUUCGAUCCCCCCAAGAUGCCCUUCGCCCACCGAGAUCUACCGUCGCCGCGUGCGGGCGAGAUUCCGCCGGCGCUCUCGCCGCUAGAUGCCUUUGCCAUGCAUUCACGAAUGCUGGCUAGGAAGUUUGAGGAGCAGGGAGACAAUGGUCGGAGGAUGAGCAGGUUAUCGCCUGUGAUGGUUGCCAAAGAGAUCGGGAACCGGCCGGGUUACUUCAGGAGUCUGAGCACUGAGAGCAAGAUGGACGAUCUCGCGGAAGAAGAAACCAGUCCGAUUUCACAACGAAACCCCAAUGUGUCCGAGGCAAGCCCUUCGAAAGAGAGGCCACUGAGCCACUAUCCAACGCUGGAUCGGGCGAGCAUGGCGACCGAGCCAGACGACAUGCCCGCGGUGCCUACACCCUUCUUCGACGCACAGGAACGGCAACCAAACGCUCGAGCUAAGGAAGCUCCUGUUGAUUACUUUGGCAUCGCACACAGAGCCUCUUCUCCCGAGCCAAUCGAUUCGAGAUUUGUGAAUGUCCAAGCGCCUUCGCCAAAUGAUUAUCCCAGCUUGACGAACAGCAUCGAUUCGGUCGCGACGCACAGAAGCCAUCCCCGAACCAUGACCAACGACUCCCAACGGUCAUACCGCUCGCAGAACUCGGAUCGAGGUCUUGCAGUACCGCAGUCGCCACGACAUCCUAAGUCGUCACGCAGUUUCCAGAGUAUACGAUCCGUUCCACCGGACAGCGACCACGAAGAUGCACAGUCAGCGAAUGGAUCGCAAGUGAUGUCCUCAUCGCGCAAGUGCUCUGGAAGCAGCGCAUCGAGACCGCAGUCGCCAUUUUCACCCUGGAUGCACUCCGUACACAGGUCUCCAUCCAUGACCUCAGAAUACUCGAUGAAUGGAUCACAGCAGUUUCCAAGGGCAACAACGAACUUUUCAAGACCGAUGAGUAGCUCUGGUAGCCGGCCCUCGUUUGACACGAGGCCCUCUUUCGACAGUCGAUCAUCGCAAGAGCGACAGCGUUUGCCGCACCGGCAGGCAUCCGGCGCCAGUAGCAGCAGUACCGGACAUUCAUCACGACCUGCCAUGUCGCGGCAGGGAUCCGCCGAUGAUGCUCCAGCAGACUUUCACGAUCUCGUGACACCCUCACAGCUCUCCACAGAACAUUUGCCGGACCGUGCGGGAACGCCGAAUGGCAUCUCUCCCGGUUCUUACAUCUACGCGAAGUAUGCUCUUCCCCGGGGAAGGCAUAUGCAGGGGGAGUCGCAGGAGUUCAGAGACUCGUGGAUCCAGAAGCAGUCCGAGUGGGAUCGGAAUCACAACAGACAGCCCUCCAAACAGCUGCAUCAGCAGCAUCACGAGAGAACUUCCAGUGACAUGGCGCCCGCACAAGAAGCACGCGCUUCGCCUGUACCUCAAGAUGCUGGUCGGAGUGGCCGAAGCUUAACGCCUGUUGCAAACGAGGCACGAAGCAGAUCAGCGGACCCGAGAGCACUCGACCGAACUGCCACUGCAUUACACCGUCCAACGCCCUCCGUCAGGACGGACAGCACAGACCGUACGAUCAGAGCUACGCCAUUGCACAAGCGCGCAGUCUCUGCCGAUCUUUCAGCGGAGGAGCACCUGGACAUUGGGAUUGCUGCUCACGAUGCGGGUCAGACCAACAAGUCCACGUAUCACCUCCGGCUUGCUUCUAUCGCUGGUCUGCCGACCGCCAUGCUGCUUUAUGCACUGGCUUGCCGGCACGGCUGGGGUAUGCGGCCAAACGCGGAAGAAGGAGUCAAGUGGUUGCGCAAGGCUAUUGACACUUCUGGUCUUGACGUCGCGGAUGCGGAGCAAAAGCUGAAUUCGGGCAACCACAAGAUUGACCCCGCGGAGCGAAAGAAGCGGAAAGCACAGUAUGCGUUGGCCAUCUACGAGCUUGGCGUGAGCUCAAGAAAUGGUUGGGGAUGCAAGAAGGAUCCCCUACUUGCUCUGAGAUGUUACGAAAUCGCUGGCGAUAUGGGUGACGCAGACGCAUUGGCCGAGGCUGGCUACUGCUAUGCUCAAGGUAUUGGCUGCAAGAAGGACAUGAAGAAAGCUGCUUCUCUGUACCGCAAGGCGGAGGAGCGCGGUAUGUCGAUGGCUGGAAACAGCUGGUGGGUCGCUCUUUCCCCCACAGUAAACGAAAGACGUUUUACUAACAAGUCCUCCAGGAUCUACAAACCGAAAUACAUGGACGAUGCCUCUUCUGCGCCUUCGGAAAAGGACAAAAAGGAGAAGCGACCCGAUACAGCCGUAUCGAGAGAUUCGCGAAAAGACGGCAGACCGGAGACUCGUGCUCGAUCGAGGAGUAUAUUCGGCCGGUCGAAGAAGGAAAAGCCGCCUGCCAUGCCUGUCUCGUAG